AUGGGCCUUGCCGAGCUCGAAGCCAAAAAGGAUGAAUUGAUUGCUGAGGCCAAGAGUGUUCAGACGACCCUGGAAACCCUUGAAAUGACAAUGGGUGAAAAUCCCUCUAUGAGUGACAGGAAGGCUAAGGAGGUCCUCACGGAAGUGCGAAAAGAUACGCAAGAUGAACUCUUCAAGAUCGAACGCGAGAUAUCCGAUCUCAUGGUCAAGGAAAUGAGUGCGGAAUAG